AUGACAGCUUCGAAUUCAGACCAGCAAACCCAUCCAUCAGUUCCAUCAACAACAACUGCUCCGACACCACAUACAAAUAUACUUCAGCAAGCCAAGCAAGCACAACAACAGGAUCUAAAGCAAUCGGCAAACUACAUCAAACAACUACACACACUAACUAAUUACCUAGUAUCUUCCAAUUCAGAUACUAAUCCAUUAACUACCAAAAGCAAUUUAUUAGACAAGAUCACAACCAUACAUCAAUUGAACAAUAAUAUCGAACACCAAUUGAAUGAAGAGAUUAGUGUAAAUUACUACAACAUGAUGAAAAUGAAACGCAAAGUUACCAAAUUGAGUCAAGGAUGUAGACAAAAAUUCGAUGCAAUGAACGAAGUUAUUCAUAUUGAUGGAAGAGAUGUUAGGGAUGAGGUGGAUGUAAGUAAUGAAACAGAGGCAAAUGGUAGUAGCAGUAGCAGUGGAAGAGUAAUCAGGGCUGGACGCAAUGAAGGAGAAAGCAGCAAUGCGGUUAAAGUUGGUUUACAAAAGAGGUGUGAAUUAAUCGAUCAGGAUUUGCGGAUAUUGGAGCACACAUUAAGAUUGAUAAACGAAAAUAGUAAAAGCUGA